AUGUGCUCCAUAUCCUGGCUGAGCCCCGUCAUCCACGCAGGGCUAUUGGAGGAAGUGGGAUCGGGUCAGAGACCCAGAAGGGGCUGUACCACAAUUUCCGGCACGUCUCCACCCCAGCCCGAGAGAUUAGGCGAAGUGGAGGGAGGGAAGUGUGAAAAUAUGCCUGGCUUCCAAAGAAGGGGACAAAGCAAGAAAUUAGAGGGCGCGAGAAGCAGUAGGAUGGGCGCUCAGCUCCGAGGAUCGCCGGCAGUGAAGGACAAAGGAAGACAGGAGCGGGUGAUGGAAAAAGAGGAGGAAGUGCGUGCACAACAGAGGGAAGAUGGAGCAGCUUUUAUAGUCGCGGCGGGCGAACGCGAGGUGACAUCACAGGCGCCAGCACGGGCACCAUCCCCGAAUGGGCAGCGCUAA